GCGCCAUUCCUACCGUGCCGUUCCCGUGACCAUCACCGUCUCAUUAUCCUCUGGCUACACUGGAGCGCUGGAAGAAACUCGGGCAUGACGUUGUACUACUACGCCGGUUAUCCUGAACCAUCUCAUUACAACUACCACGCCUACGACAGAGCAGGGGCCCACGUCAGCGUCAAAGCGUACGCCCCCUUCCUUGACACAGAUGGCAGUAGCGUUGAUGCCGGCUAUCCUCAAGCGACGACCAGUGCCCACCCGACGCCGAUCCAACAACUUCCAGAAGAACCAUUGGAGCAACUAAGUACGUAUAGAGCCCGUUCACCUUCACUGUAUCGGGAACCUCCUGGCCCGGCUGCUGACGUUCUGCCCCCGGUGACGCCCUACAUUCCAGAAUACGGGCCAUUCGGCACUGAGUGGAGCAUCGGACGCGUUGAAGAGCAAGGCUACGAGUUCCAGAAAAAUGUCGGUGGAAUGUUUCUGGUGGAAGGGGACGUGUACCCCGCCCGAGAACCUCUCGUGCCAGCGGUUCCUCCAGUCGUGGUAACGGCACCGCUAGUAGGAGCGCCCCCACAACAUGCUCCAGAAACACGAGGGCAUGACGUCGGCUGCUGUUAUCUACUCAUCGCGCUGGCCAUCUUCGUUACCGUUUGCGGCGCCACCAUGUAUAUCUUGAUAAAACUCGCGGAUCUACUCGUCGAAUGGAGGAGAAGCACAUCGAUCGACCAAAGCGUACGAUUCGCCUUUCAUGUGACGCGCGGUAAUGAGAGAACGCGCCCUCGAGUACUCGUCGAGAAUAAGAUUCUGGAAGAUGCUUCGGUCAAUGACUACACUGGCAGGAAUACGACCGAGGACGCCCUAUAUGGACUGGUAAUGUCGUGGAGUAGUAUGGCCAAGCCGUCCGUGAAUGAUACCAAUUGACCUCUUCCAUAACGGAACACAACGCCGGCCAAGCCACGACAUGGAGGACCAGCUUCUGCAUGACUUCCGUCGCAUUCGAUCGCAUUCUAUACUUUCUUGCCGCCAAGAACGCGAUCCAUUUUGCCUUUGGUUUCAGGCAAUAAAUACAUGUGGUUAUAUUA